AUGACAAUUUCAAUCAGAUUACGGCGGCAUAUUCAAGGUCUUAUUCCUAUGUGAGUACUGGAAUUAUUGUCCAUUAUUGUUGUUCAAAAUUAAUUUUCGUAACAAUACAAUUUGGGUUUCUUAGAUUAGAAACCCACAUGGAUACACUUGCUAGACCACUGCUAAUAAUCAGUAUAGUGUUCUAUAAAGGACGGUCACGUGAUGAUUUUACUCUUGCAUUUGUCAAACUGAUUUGCAGAACAACCAACCGACUGUAAACAGUAUUGAAUAUUCCCAAUAAAAACAACUGCUUCUUCGUCUCUUUAUAAUUGUAUCUUUUUGUACAUCGAAUUGAACAACAUAAUAUCCUUUUAAUCGUCACCGACUAUUCAAUGAGCUCUUUCAUUUAUACUUCCGAUAUGUUGUUUUUUACUUUUGGCUGUUUCGAUUUAAUAAUUUUCUGGGCUCGGGAUAAAUUAAUAUAAGCCCGGUAGGUGUUAGGAAGAGGACAAGACGAUACAAUCUAAAAUGAUCUGAAUAUCUAAAAUGACAUAUUCUCUUUAUAUUCUAUUUGAUUAAGGGGAAAUUGUUAACUUGAAAAAGUUUUGCCCGAGUUUGUUGAUAAGAAUUUAAGUAGACCCUUUCUCUUAAUAAUUCUCCGAUACGUCCUGCCGUUCACCGAGCACCGAUUACCGAGUGUUGAUUGUUGUUGUUUUGAGCCUUUUAUUCUUUUGAAUUGUUAGUACUUCAACUAACACAUUCAAAUUCUACUCAUUAUAGCUGCGAAUAACAUCUGAUCAGAAUUACUUGUACCGCCAUGACGCAAAUUGAACUUCUAAUUAAGCAAAAGCAGAUGUCUGGAUACAGAUACAGAUACUUAAACUAUUGAAGAUUCUGUUGGAUUACCUUCCAGUGCAAAAAAACCCUGAUUUCUAAGAUGAAUAACCGGUAGGUCUGAACUAAGUUCGAUUCUCAAGAGAAAUGAUCCACACCCAUUAGGAUUUUAUGGGUGUGUUGCCAGUUAGAACGGUCUCCACAUGGCUUUAAACUAGACAAAUCACCCUAGAGGAAAAGUCCUCUAUAUAUUUGAGCAAGGUGAAUCUCAGACCGGCCGAGGGGGUAUGUUAAACCGUUUAUCCUUAAACCGAGGCCGGGUAUCGAUUACCGAGAAACGCUAGUAUUGGAAGUAAAAAGAGUCAUCAAAAGAGAAAUGGGAAGUAUUUGUUCUAAGUUCAGGCCCCAAUUGGGUUUCUUUUAAUACUUAUAAGCUGGACAGUAAUUUAUCCAAUAGAUAGCGCUAUCCAACUAACGUUUGAACAACCGGGGCCUGAAAGAUUUCAUUAAAGUACUACAUUCGUGGCUUAGUAAAAUGUAUCAGCAUUGAAGUGUCAGGUCCCAUACAACAGUUAUAGCUUAAUCAACGUAUUAGACUGACUUUCAUUGACUUAAUGUUGAAUUAGUAUAACAGAAUUUACAACUAUCACGGUAUUAAAAUAUGACUCCUUACAAUGACUGGGUCAGCACACGUCGGAUUCAUCGACAUAGCAUCUUUUAAAUUUAGUUGUUUACUAGUGUGGAAUUUUUUUACAUUAUAUAAUCUGAAGUGACUCCAUGCAACAAUACUUUUGAACCUCUUAACACUGACCAAAAUGCUCGAGUCAAGUUUUUCAUGAUUGAGAAUUUCACAGCUAUCAUGAUCAAGUUAUUGCUUUUCUCAGCUGAAGAUAAACAUCGCAGCGGAGUUUUCUCUUUCCGUUGCAUAUUUAGCAAAUCAUUAUAACAUUCGACCAUACAAUGUAAAGGGAAAUUUAUGUAAUAAAUACCAAUUUUGGUUAGGGAAAAAAAAAAUAGCGUCAAACCAACUCGAUUAGUCUCUGCUGGACUGAAAAUUUUUCGGCGAUUUUUAUUCAGUUUGGUUCUAAGCUGUGGCUAUAAAUAAAAGUAACCGAAGCAGGUUGAACAGAGCACCUGUCUCGUCCGGGAAAAUUACGUUUGUUUUGCUUGAUUGUAAUGCUUUAAAAAGUGAAACUAAAAUCUGAAUCGAUACUAAUUGUCCUACAGUUAACACACUCGUCUUCAAUAAUUAGAAAUAAAUCUUCACCGUGAAGGACACUUAUUUUUCACUAAACUGGAAGAAUCGAAAUUUCACUGCCUAGUGAAAGAUCAGAUUGCCUUUGUUUGAAUAAAUACUUUCAAGUUCAGGGGAAACAAUUUGCUCGUCCUGGGUUUCUUGUGUGCAAAGCCAUUCUAGUUAUUUUUAAAUCGGAGCACGGUCAGUCUGAUCAUCAUUAAUUUUUGGCUAAAUCUUUACUAGUUUUGAGGACAGCACCAAAUCGUCAGAUAAAGAUACUGCACCAAUUCCGAAAUUCAACAACCUUUUUAGCGAGAAAGAGAAAAAAAGUGAUGGCGGAACAAUCGAAAGGCUUAAAGAGUUCUGUGGUUAUACUACAGCUCACGGACUUGGGCGACUUGUGGACAGCAAAAGCUAUGUUCGCAGAUUGUUCUGGGUAAUGGCGUGUCUGGGGGCCUUUACCAUGUUUACUAGUCAAGUAAUAUCUUUGGCUGAACAAUAUUUGAGCAAGCCAGUGGAAACCUAUAUCACCAUGAAAUACGUCAGGGUAAGGACUUGGUUUGACAUUUUAAAAAGCUAUGAGCGAAUAUUCCUUAGCAGGCAUUUGUGAGGGAAAGGAUGGAGAAUAGGCCCUUCCACAGUUUUCUUCAGCUUUUAAUAUGGAGAAGUUAGAGAAAAUUUGUCAACGUCGCUAAAAGGAGCGCCUUUUAUUUAGUAAACUGCCAAGUUUGAAAGUCUCCUUAAAGUCGCGAAAUUUUACAGACAUUUGUAUGGGGUGGGGGGGGGACAAAUGUUUGUUACAAAUUUUCUUGCAGAGCUAUAUCGUCGCUCGCUUAGGGCGUAUCACUUUCAAACGUGGCAAGUUUACUAAUUUGAGGGCGCUCUUUGCAGUGGUGCCGAAGGAUUUUCGUUUAAACUGGCCCAUGUCAAAAGUUGAAAAAAAUCGUGGAAGGUGAGUCAGUCCCACUUUGUCUUCCGCUUUGGCAAAAGCCUGCCACACAAACAAGUUAGCUCUAAAGCAUCGUAUUUGCGCGAAACCUGGUAAAACAUCCUUGUUUCGUGAGCGUCGUGUGUGCCUCAUUUGUGAGGUUUGGUUUAAUUUUGCCCCGAGCAGUCGGCGUAAACAUGUUAAGGCCAACCCAAAUGUAUUUAUAUUUCAAAGGUGUAUUGGCAUGGAUAAGUUCCUCUUAAGGGAAAUAAAAUAAAUAGAUUCACUAAAAUGUAGCUUUUGUAUUUGUGUCAGAAUAUUAAUUUUCCAGUGGUGACAGUUUGCAAUCAAAACGCCAUUCGCCGAAGCAUACUAUAUUCUAACAACACCGAAAUCCUACAAGAGCAGCUGAAACAUUUACUUAAUGGAUCGAAAGGUUAGCUCAAGGAAUUGUUAAUUAUCAGAAUAUUAUCAUCUGUAUUAUAUAUAUAUUUUUACUAAUUACAUCGAAAUUAAGCUCUGUUGUUCUUGUGAAUAACGUAUUCUUGUAGAGCUAAGUAAGGGAGAGAUCUCAGCCUAAAGUAAUUUUGUAGCUUCCCCAUGUAAUUGUGGAACAGCUUAAUGUUUAUUGACCAGAAUCGUUUUAGCCUCGUUAAACUCCUAGCCACAAAUUCAAGCUGAAUUUAUUUGCUAAAAGUAGCCUUGUCAGCAAAUAUGGAUUUUAGUCUUGCUUCUUUAAAAUUUUCUCAACCAAUAUUGUACAGUAUAAGGCUCACUGUUUGUACCGUUUGUCGCAGUUAUAAUGCAAUAUUUUUCAGGAGAAAAGCUUACUGAUUUAUCAUCGUCGAAGUCAAAAAAGAAAGUGAGAAGAGACAUCCCUCGAAACCUCAGCAAAAUUGGCGAAGAAAUAUCAGAAAGUAUCAUUAGCCCAUCGAGCACGCAUGCGCCUUUGAUGGGAUCAAUCUCCACAACAUCUUCACCCAAAAUAAACGAAACAAAUUCAGAUGAGACGAGAAAGAAGAAUAAAAAGAAAACGAAGACAAAAAAAACGAAGGGAAAUAAAACAGACGAAGAUACUAAGGCGAAUGGAGAAGGUACGUGAAAUUCGCUUAGUGCAUUUAUUGGAGAGGAUUACGGUUUAUAAUCAUCAAAUGUAUAGAAAAAAGGAGUCAGAAUACAUGGCUUAAGCGAGUACCACUUGAUUCCCUUGCUGGUUAAUAAUUAGCCAACGUGACAUAAGCAGUUGAGUUAAUGAAUCCCUGAUCAGAAGGAAAUAAAUGGUGUUCUAAAUAUUGCUCGCUUUAAAAUGUUCAUAUCCUAAAAAAUUAACUUUAUGCCAUCAUACUCUGUAGGAGCUCCGCUUUUAGGCUUCGCUAUGUGAUAAAUUUAUGUUGUAUCGACGUUAAACAAAGGUCGGAGUAAUCUAUAUAAUAGAUUGCUUUCGUAAGUCUGUCUUAGGAUUGCUAAAUUAAGACACAUAUAUGCAGAAAUACAGAUUUAAAGAUAGAAAAUCCUAAGACAGUUUAAUGCAACCAAUCAGAAACACGAUCGUAGCAGCCGUGGUCCUUUUGUUUUAGAUCUUUGCUCCCGACGGGCACAGUCUCAUGAUCGCUCAUUGCGUGAAACUCGAGUCAGGAGUAUCUUACGAUUUUCUUCCUAACUUUGAAAAUUGUCUUAUAUCGUUUACAGAGAUGGCUGAUUUUGUGGCGAAGCAAGAACGUGUUCAUGUAGCCCUAGCUACAUGGUCCGAAGACAAACUAACUAAAAUGGGACAUCAGUUUAAGGACAUGUUCCGAGAGUGCACUUACAGAGGAAAAUCAUGCAUGUAAGUUUUGAUCCCGCUCUUUUGUUUCAAAGUGGAAGAAGUGUUCAUACCUGUACACUGCCGUACACUGCUGAAGCCACGAAGUUUUCAGAAACCUCAACAGUUUUACUAGCUUUUGUUUUUAAGGCUACGUAAGGACAUUGUCUGUACAUUGAUCUGUUGUAUCUUUGGCUAAUUAAACAACUCCAGCCUUUUGAGAGUUGAAAGUUCAAACAGUCUGAACAGUUUGUUACUGUUUUGUUAUAAGCAAAAGUUAAUGUUUCUUAGUGGUGUUGUUAGAAAGAUUUUUGUGUCAUUUUUGUCUGUUCGUAGCUAUAGAUACUAGUUGUAAAUUUGAGUUUGAAUAAAGUGAAUCAGUGAGGAUAUGAUAAUCUACUUGUGGUGAUCAGCUUAUUGGACGGCCUCCCAGGUUUAGCUAAUACCUAACCGACCUUUGUCUUGUUUGAACUGUGUAUCAUAAGCUUCAUGUUUCUUUCUUAGGAAAAGUCGGUUUUGGGACUCGUUUUGGCAUUAUAAAUAUGGAAACUGUUUCACUUUUAACAAGUAUAGCGAUCUUAUGGCUGCUGGUCCAGGGCCUGCUUACGGUAAGACCCUUAUAUCUCCAUUACUAAUUUAUGUUUAGAUAAAUAGUUCUCGACUAACAGAUAGCAAUUAAAACCUAUAGCAUCUUUUAUUACACCGAAAGAGCAAAUGAAAGUACAAAUAGUGCGCAGGGGUCAAAGAGGUUCAUUUUAUAACUGAUACAUCGAGCUUUCCUGCCAGCCCGCCAAACAGAUAAACCAUAGCACUUGUUGCAUUCUUGGAUGCAUCUACUUCUAUGUUUGUAUUGGUUACACUCUAUCAGUUUUCAGACGCGCUGUUCCCCGCGCUCUUCCGUCGCUCGCCCUGAUGGUUUACAUUAAAUACAAACAAACUACAAUUGUAGGUCUUAAUGCAAAACGAAAAAAAAUAUAAAAAAUAAAAAAACAAAGCAAAGCAACACAAAGCGAAAACAAAACACUAAAACUAACAAAAACAAAAUAACCACAGCAAUAACAAGCAUAAAAUGUAGCAAUAGGUCUACCGAAUAUUAAAAUGGAUCUCUUUUGCAAGUUUUCUGGCACAUUUACGUGUAUUGAGUUCUAAGACAGUCAUUCAUGCGUAAUAUGUUUGUGCAGCUUUUUAGUCUUUUUUUUCCCUCUAGGUUUGGUGCUGGAAAUGAACGUGGAGCAAAACGAAUAUCUUGGAGAUUUGACUCAGGAUGCUGGCAUUCGAGUUCAGAUCGAGGACAAGGGAAAAGUCCCAUUCCCUUACGAAAAAGGAUUCAGCGUGGGGCCUGGGUCUGCAACUUCUGUAGGAAUAAGAAAGGUCAGCCAUGAUAAAGAAACCACCCUUUUAGUUUAUAACAUGUAUAUUUGAAAUAACCGUAUUGUAUUUUGCUACGAUGAAAUUAUGAUUGUUCCUUGUUCUUUGCUACUUUUAGGUGAAAAUUAAGCGCGUCAAAACUUCUAAGAAAGGGAGUUGCAUUGGAGAAAUAGACCCAUUGAGCGAAGACAAUCUUCUUCAGCUUAAACACAAUGCAUCCUACUCCACAACUGUAAGUAACUGAAGUAUGUAGGUACGAAAAUCGGCCCCUGAUUGAAGGACAAACUGUUAACGAUAACGAUAUUAGUUCUGCGGUUGGUCUUUUCCAUAUUUACGCAAGGGGUUUGGUACAUGCAAGCGUGGGCAUUAAAAAUCAAGAAAUUACAUUAAAAAGCCUAGGCAAGGCAAGGAAUCUAAAAUGACAACAAAUCUCAAAUUAAAUGCAGCGACGUCGCCCCUGACUUGUUCUAGACAUCAGAGCUUGGGCCAAAGUAGCUUGUGAGAGGUUAUAGAAGGCCUUCACUACAAUACCUGCCACGUGAGUUGCAUUUAGCAACAGCAACACAGGUUGUUACAACCGAUAUAACAGAGUACAGCUGCGCCCCGUCAAACGUUCAGUUUAUGCAUCAUUGACUGGAAAUGUCCCACGUCUGGGUAUGUACACAACUAAGCCAUGGACGUCAAAUAACUGUCCUCUUUAAAUACUACAUUUAUGUACAGGCGGAGUGUAAAAUUUUGGUGAAGAGUUUUGAGAAAAAUAUCCACGCCUAAAAUUAUUUCGUUUGCGAGAUGCCACUUUUGGCAAAUUCGUUGUUUUGAUUAGUUUCCCCCCUUCGGUUGAUGAACGUAAAAACUAGGGGUAACUUGAUCAGUGUCGUUAAAAACACACUUUUGGCCGGAUAAACGCACUAGUAUAGUUCACUCUUUCAGUAUGAGAUGAGCCUGCAAUGCAAUAAAAAUUGCAGUUUAUCACUUUUUAAUAACUAAUUUACGAAUUUUUGUGUAUAUAUCUUUGGUUAGGCUUGUAGAGAAAGUUGUCUUUCUGAUAAGGAAAAUAAAGAGUGUGGCUGCCGAGAAUAUCGAUUUCCUAGAGAUGACAGUAAGAACGAGCGCGUUUGUGACGUUCUCAAUGCGACCGUUGGUACGUGAAACAUAAAGUUAUUUAAUCAAUUUGCCAGCCUCAUUUUAGCCAACUUUGUUUAACGUUUAACAGUCUCGUAAUAUUCUCACAAGUUUGCAAGUGGAAAAUACUUUGCUCGGGCAUUACAAUUAAUCCAAACACAAAUUUGAAUUUGGAUUUAUUGGCGAGGGAGGAGCUGAGUGUACUAUUGUAUCCGGAACGUUUUGCUGAAAAUAUAUCGAAACAAUACAGCGCACACCUUAUGCUGAUAUGUUACUUUGCAGCAAAAUGCUUGAAUAAAGUCCUAAAAAGAUACAAAAAGUCAAACUUGGGCUGCAGUCGAAAGUGCACCUCACCUUGCAAGUAAGUCUUACUUUUCAACUUUGCUCAACCGGAAACCAAAAAGUAGCUUACUUGUAGCGAAUAUUAGAGCAAUUAUUGGGUAAGAGUAAUUGCAGAUUCACGAGCCAGAGGGUGUAAAAUCUGCGCAAGCCAAUCGAAGGACUAGAUAAAGGGAUUUUUUUGCCCCGUUCUUCGAAAAGUAAUAGCCGUUCUUCGAUUAUAUUUUUGCAGCCUUUUUAUUGCCUUAUUAUUUUCUUGCAGCGAGAAUGUUUAUAAACUAACCAUAUCAACAUCGAAAUUCCCUUCUUUGGCUUACCAGGUAACAAAGUUUAAUUUUAUUUACGUUAGUCUUGAGGUCUGGGGCCGAUCUGAAGCCAGCUGCUGGUUCUAUAGCGUGUUACUUGACUGCAACUGUUGUAUUUUGGAGAACAUUUACCCAAAAUCUUUUCCACGCUUAAUCAUCUAAAGUCUGGAUAUGCUGUGAACCAGACUAGAGACGAAAGUUUUCUUUUUUGCACAUUUUUUCAUCAGACUUUCUUAUUCAUGUUUUAAUUGUGAUAUAUCGUGGUAAAUUAAACGCUUCAUCCAAUGUCUCUGUUUACACUAAUGGUCGUAGUCGGAGUCGUAAGCGGAGUCGUAGGAGCGCAAAUGACGCGCUAGUGAAAAUCAAAAAUUGGAGUCGUAAGCGGAGUCAUAAGAGCGACGGAAUCGGAGUCGAAAGAAUCCGAACGUUUCCAUUUUCUUCCGACUCCGCUUACGACUCCAUCGCUUACGUUCUGCCGAUGAUCUAGUGAAAACUAGAUUGUCGGAGUUGGAAGCAGAAGUGGAAGGAUAAACCAAUCACAAGCACGUUUCAACGCUUUGUGAUUGGUUUAGUUCUUCCGCUUCUGCUUGUGACUCCGACUACCCAUGCAGUUUUCACUUGAUUGUAAACGACGGAGUCGUAAGCGGAACCAGAAGAAUCAGAACGCUGAUUUCACUAGAUCGUAACUUAAAGUUCUACGCUUCUGAUUGCGACUCCGACUCCAAAGCCUUCGCUAGUGGAAACCAGCCUUUAGAAACAGCUGACUGAAGAUCAUGUUCAGCAAGUUGUCGCCCAAUGUAAGUCUAUCCGGCAAAUUUUUGCUUAUGGAAUACGUUAUCUUGGGAAUUCAUUUCAAGGAAUCCGGAAUCCCGCUAACGAUUUGAAUCUGGAAUCCAGUCUCUGGAAUCCGGAAUCCAGGGGCCUCGUUUUUCAAAAGUCCCGACAACUUUUCGAGCUUGGGAACUGUGUUAUUGUUGAACAGGUUUUAGACCCGAAAAGUUUCCGGACCUUUCGAGAGACGGACCUCAGGGGAGAGGGUUGAAUACAGAAUCCAAUUAAGGCUGUCUUGUACUAUCUUACAUUGGGAUGAAGUUAAUAUCACGGAAUUGAAGUUGCAUGAAAAUACUUGUAACAAAGUCAGUGUAGGUUCGGGUAAAACGCUGAGUAGACGUUAAGUUUAUUAAUCACAGAAAUAUUGGUUAGCGGCAUAUACACUUUUUGUUACAAACUAAGUAUUUCGAUGCACCUUCCCUGAUACUUGCAAUAUUUCUAGUUAACUUGAUGAACGUGAAAUUCAGUCACAUGAGGCUCUACGAUGUAUCCUGUAGGAUAGAGCUUUUCGCUCUGGGUGAUUCAGAUAAUUGAAUGACGAAGAAUGUGACAAGGAACAACUUUAGGGAAUCUAUCCCAAAGCUUUUGUCAAGAAAGCCACCAUUGGGUGCUCCCCUUACGAAAGUUGUCGACUUCCUACAAUACCGGUUUCUGAAUCCUUCCUGGUGUGUAAAAUCUAGAUCUCUGAGAAACAGGUCCAUUCUUUUUCCCAGGGUUUUUCCCUCAAAAUGGGAGCCAUCAGAAAAAGCCCUCACUUUAAACGAAACGCCUAAGGAACGACGUUGAAAUAGGUCAACCUUGAUAAGAAUGAAGCCCUUCUUACUGAGGGCGAGUUUACAAAUGUCUAUGAAUGGAGCCCUGGAUUACUUUUUUCUAAAGUCUCUAGUACGGGUGUUCAUGACCCCGUAAUAGAGUUCUCCGUUACAGAGAGAUUUGGCUCAAUUGCUUACUUCAUUUCUUUUUUGAUGGUGUACAGAGGAUUCUCCUUGCAAACAAGAAAAAACUGGAGAAAAGAAACAUACCUUCUAACCUGUUAAGGUAUGCAUAACACGUAUGGAAAGUGUUCUUUAAAUUGCACCCUUAAGAGCGAAAUUCCUAACUACAGCACUGUGGCUAUGUGAAAAGUCAUUCUUCGUAUAAUCUCCUGCGUCCGUGAUCGAGAAGAAAAAAUCCCCUCGAAGACUGUGUAUUGUGCACCUGAUGUGUGUAGUUUUAGCAACUCACUUAUUGCGGAGCUCCACGCGCCCGGGCACGCGCCCACGAAGCCCCAUAGAUAAUUAAGGAAGGUUGGUUAACUAUCCAUUCAAGAAAUUUGGGUAGUCACGUGACCGUCCGACCUUCCUUCCGUCCCUCUGUCCGCACCACAGGGAAACCGAUGAGAAAUGUUAGUGUGGGAGUCUACAACCUGAUGUUGUACAUCCACAUUGUGGUCAUUUGACAGCUGUCAAAUUAGGGUACACGCUGACCAGAAUCAGAUGACCCUAUCGCAGGAUCAGGUGUCGACCCAGCGAGGUUAUGUGUUUUUUUAAGUUCCCCUUUGACAAGUUCCUAGUUUUUAACACAUCGCAGGCUCAACUCCAGGUGGAUUUCUUUACACUUUGCAAUGGUUACAAGUUUAUUGUUUCAAGUAAAUUGUAAAUUGAUAAACGGGGGCGUCGCUUUUAGCCUUGGCUAAAUCUACAUAUUCAAGUGUUAAAGGUGACUUUUCUGUAAAUUGCUUUUAGCGAAGUUACAGUGUAACAUCCGCAAUUAAGAUCAACGUCGUAUUUGAUACCUCAAGGAGCAAGACGAUCGCUUACGAAUACUUACACUUUAUUAGCAAUUAACAUUUACAUGAAGUACAUUAAUUAAACAGAAACCGCCAAAGAAACCAAGUUGUUUACCGUGAAUUUGACCGGGAGGGUUUUGUACUAGUACAAGGAGAAAAUAAAAAUCGCCUCAACUGUCAAAUAUAAAGACGUUACAUAAUCAAGAAUUUUUGGAUCAGCUAUUGAAAGGCCAUGUCCUUAAAUGCUAUUGGCUCAAGACUUAGUUACUUAUUUCACUCUUUUUUUUUCAGCUCGUAUUUACUUCAGCUUAAUGUUUUCUUUGAAGAACUGAAUUAUGAAGUAAUCGAAGAAAGCAUUGGAUAUGGGGUAAGCUACCAGGUCGUAAGGUGGCGUUAAAGGGGUCAUGUCACCAGGAUAUUGCUGAUUUAGGUCAAUUCUGAGAGUGCUUAAGUUACUACAUAGAGCUUUUACCCAAACAAAACUCAUUCUCUUGAUGAGUUAUGAAGAAUGUAUCAAACAAAUUUCAUUAGGGAGCAUUAAACAAUCAUUUUUGAGUGAUUUUAACAUUACGAAUUGACAAGAGAGAAUGCUGGGAAUUGAACUGAAAAAUUGAAGCAGUUUGAAUCCAAGUCCAUCCUUGCGAGCCGUACGCAACAGGCUAUAGGAAACUGUUUCACUGUCUAAAUAUAAGCUUAAAUAACACAAGACAAGUUAAGCUUUUUAAAGAGAUUGUCGCAAAUAAAAGAGCAGAGCGCCUUUAAACUUCGUCAUUUGAAACUGAGCAUGUUGGACUUUCCACCAGCUCUGUACGUUAUCUCAACAGUAAUAAGUGCAACGUCCGUAAAGCUUGGUUAACCCUUUAAACCCUAAGAGUGAUCAGCGUCAAAUUUCAGGGUGGUCAUGAGAAUUAGGGACACGAUCACACAAGAUGAAUUUGCUUGAUAUUUUAUCAACUUCUCCCCACUACUUCUAUAGUAAAAGAAUAGUGACAACAAAUAAGAAUUUAAUUUGAUAUAAGGGUUGAAAGGGUUAACUCUCUCUAACUCAGUUCAGUACUUGACUGCAGUUUGCCUCUGAUGUUGAGCCCUUGCUGAGAGCUGCAGGGAUUCAGUGAAAAUAGAAAGCGAGCUUCCGCUUUUUGGCAAAUUCAAAGAUCUCGCAUGGAUCUUUGAAACCCCGUUUAUUAUAACAAAGGUUACCUGGCCUAACUAAGGAUGCCUGAUAGCGUCUAUUUUUUACUGUUUUAGCUGGUGAAUUUUAUAGCAGAUAUUGGAGGCAACGUGGGUAUCUGGAUUGGUGUUUCUGCUCUGACGAUCGCGGAAAUUCUGGAAUUGCUGUGUAUUAUAAUUCAUCACCUGAUCAAGACUUGUACUCAUCGAAGCAGCAAGAUCCUGGCUUUCAAGUAA